UAGCUAGCCAGAUACUUUAGCCUGAUGUGCCAGUGGAUCUAGGGCGCAGCCCCAUUCGCUGACAUCACAGUCCGCGUAUGACAGCACUAGCAAGCAAUCCCUGACCCCCUGUAGAGAGUGGCACACGCUGGAACAUGCAGGAUGCAGGUGAUUCAGCACCCAGUGGAGAGACUGCGGGCUGCUCUGGUGUCAAACCGCCAGGACCUGAUAGACUGCUACCAGAAAUACAGCCGUGAAGAGCGGCGGCUGCUGGAGGAAGGCCUUCAUCCAGACAGUCCCCUCUUCAGUCCCAUCACCUUGCACUCAGACUCUGACUGGAUCUCCUCACACCCUGAGGCGCCCCAGGACUUCCAGAGUUUCUACAGUAACCCCUACCGCAGUGCUCCCAUCAAAGGCCGCAAGACGAUUUAUAUCCAGACCAUUGGUUCGUUUGGGAGUGCAGAAGCUCUCACAGAGCAGUACGUUGGCUGGCUGCGGGACUACUGUGAGGCCUUUUACUAUGGGCUUGUGGUGAAGCUCCUUGACCCUGUGACCGUGUCUGCCACUGGCUGUGCCUUCCGUGUCAACAACAGCACACACAAUCUGCAGAUACAUGCUGGCGAUUUAUUGAAUUUUUUGAAGAAGAGAAAGCCCAGAGAUGCCUUCUGUAUUGUGGGUAUAACCAUGAUCGACCUGUACCCCAAAGACUCCUGGAACUUUGUUUUUGGCCAGGCGUCCCUCACUGAAGGGAUGGGAGUCUUCAGUUUUGCAAGAUAUGAUGACAACUUUUACAGCAGGUGUUAUAAAGGCCGGCUACAGAAAGGGAAGAGCCCGAAGCAGGGGGAUUAUUCAGUGUUCACAGGGUACUAUACCCCACCCAUCACCAGCACCCUGCUGCUGAGGUCCUGCAAGACCCUUACCCAUGAGAUUGGCCACAUCUUUGGCAUUAAACACUGCCAGUGGCUGCAGUGUGUGAUGCAGGGCUCUAAUCACCUAGAGGAGUCGGACCGCAGGCCGCUGGACCUCUGCCCCAUCUGUCUGCGUAAGCUGCAGUCUGUCCUCGGCUUCAAGAUGGCAGACAGAUACAAGGCUUUACUCCAGUGGAUUGAGUCAGGGUCACUCAGCAAAGAACAGCAUACAUCCACACAGACUGUGACCAACUCAGCCAAACCCACCCAGGCAUUCGAGGACUCCAGACAAUGGCUGCAGAAGUGCCUUUGUAUACUGGAGGAUGAAAUAUUUUAGUCCCGGGUACAAGUAUCAUCAGAUUUUGGAUGUACUCUGAAGGAACAGAGGGGAAUGAGCAUGAAUGAAUAUGAAUAUAUUUGCAUAUUGGUCUUAAUUUCAAAUAGUCAAGUACAAAAUUUACGUAACCUCUUUGUUAUCCGUCAUAAAAUGCAGUUCAGAAGCAUUUAUAUUAUUGACAACUGUUAAGUAAUACUUCUAUUUAUUUCACAUAAAGUACAAAAUACUGAUCACAGAUAUAUAUUACGAGCACAUAUAUUAUUUAAUAGGGUCACUUACGCAUAAUUCUAGCAGACAAAUGGCAGCUAGCUAACUACAAGAAACAACAAAACUGAAAAGUAAUUUCCUUCUUAACACAUAGCAUGCUAACAUUUAUACCUUGUUUUGCUAGUAGUUCAGCCAAGCUAAGUGACAUGUUGAAUAUGUGCAUUUUGCUGGCCACAUAGUUAACUUAGCUAGUUUGCUAUAUAGGUGUCCCUCUGUCACAUAUGACUUUCUGAGAAUAACUUGAACUCCAAGUCGAACUUGAUGCAUUACAUGAACCUAU